AUGAAUAAAGGGAAUUUGUUGAAGGACGAGACGGAGAAAGCCAUCGUCCACUUCAUCGUGUAUCUUAUAGGCGUCCUGCUCGUAUUAUGUGUGUACUACAACUACAUAAUCCUGAAGUACUAUUUUUACUCCCUCUUUUGGGCGUUUAUUGUUUCCAUCCCCUUGCACCAUGUGAAGGUAAAGCUGUCCGAGGUGCUACGGAAGAGAUUUCUGCGCAGAAAAAGGAAGACAAAAGGGGGAAGUGUAAAGAGAAGGGAGAGUGACGAUGUAAGCGAUACAGAAGUGGAUCAAGGGGUGAAGAUACCCCCCGGGGAGGAGGAACAGUUAUUGCAGGAACGGAACCCUCUGCAAUCGAUGGAGGCACGCAGUCAAUUCGAUCCGUGCACAAAAAAAGGCACCGUGAGUAAAUACGCAAAGUGCAAGGAGCCGGAAAAUUUUGAUAAGACAAAAAAGAGGUCUGAUUUUAUCACCCAGGGGAACGCAUCCAAUAAGUACAAAAAGAAGUUACAAAAACUUUUAAAGAACGUGAAAAAGGAAUUAGACAUUUAUGUGUACCUGUUCCAUCUGCUAAUUAAGCCUAUAUACAAAAGAGGAGAAAAAGGAGAAAAGAAGGAAAACUUCACUAACCAUUUGGAGAAUUAUGAACAGAGGAAUGCUAGCGAAAUAUAUUUCUUCAUUCUACACAGAUUGAUUCUGUUCUACAUUUUACGAGAAUUUUUUUUUAAAUACAAGGAGUUUUUAUUUACCAUUGGGGCCUUUAUUUAUUUUAUUUUUUUCUUUUAUAAAAUUCUUAAGGCUAUAUGGAUUGCCUAUUUUUAUUCUCAGAGUAGAAAAUAUUACACCAAAUGGUGUCGCCAUCUUUCUUUCGAUUACGUCUACUUCUACAAGCACCACAUGAAUGACCUCUUGACUGUCCUCAUCAUUAUCUUCUCCAUAAUUAUCUUCUCCGCCAUUUCCAUUUUAUUCAUUGUUAAUAUAUAUGGAGAAUCUCUUUACAUUAUCAACUCGAUAAAUGGAUACCUCUCCGCCAACUUCCGUAAUGCCGCCAUUUUUAAGAAUUUUCGAAAAUUCUACCACAAGCCGGGAAAAGGAGACAUAGAAGAUUUGUAUGAGCUCGUCAAUCUGAAUAAGGUGCCUUUCCUCAGUAACAAAACUUUGGCGUCCAUUUCUGGGCAUUUGAAAAGAGCAUUCGAUAUAUAUAAUCAUAUGUAUGAAAACACUUUUUUAAAGAAUGGGAUGCGACAUAUAAGCGCAUGUUGUUUGCCCCUACUUUUGGGAAGACUUGCCCUCCUGGUGGCAGGACCAGAUUUGUCUAGCAUUAAGAGGCAUAUUUUUCAUUUAUCGGCAGAAAAAAAGGACAGGAAAUUUUAUUUGCCAAAAAAUGGGGAAGAGUGCUCUGUGGAGGCUUGCCUAAAUGAGCUUGACGAUUCUCGUACUUCCUCCUUCAGUUUUAAGAAGUUGCUGCGCUCGCUGUCACAAUACAUUUUUUUAUUUUCCAGCCGGACGCGGGAUAGUGCGAGUGAAGAGGGAUCUACAUCGGUUUACUACUCUGGUGAUGGGAGAGGCCAUGGUGCCGCCAGACGCGACGUUUUUAAGACCAUAUUUGGGAUAUCCUCGGGGGGGAAUUCCGAAGCCAAUGAGCGCUGCAGCGCCGAACGGGGGGAAUACUGCGGGGGGGAUACCCCCAAAACGAGUGGAUGGAGUAACCCACAAGGUGAACAUAACAACGGAAAGCUGGACGGAUGGAGUAACCCACAAGGUGAACAUAACAACGGAAAGCUGGACGGAUGGAGUAACCCACAAGGUGAACAGAAUAAGGAGCAACCAGAGGGAUGGAGUACGCCCCUCCAGCACGCAACCGAGCUAUACGACCCCCAGAAGGAAAAAAACUUCAAGUUCAAGGAAUUCAUUGGCUACCUAAACAACCUGUUCUCCUCCAUAAAAAAAAUCGAAGACGUCGGAAAACUCACAAAGCAUUUAAUAUUUAACAACAGUUACGGGCUCAUAAAAAUAAUGCUUUUUUUCCUCCUCAUUUUUUUUAAUUUUUUUAUGUACACAUUUGAUGCAAUUAUUCAAGGGAUCAUUUUCUUCACAGCUUUGUAUUAUUUAAUUUCUUCGAAGAAAUCUGCGCUGAGUUAUGUGAACGAUAUUUUACUGGUGGUGGAUCCGUCUAGCAUAUUUUUCUAUAACAUCACAAUGAAUUUGAAGGCCAUUAUUACAUGCACCUUAAAGAGGGUGUACUUUUACACGCUAUACAUUUGGUUAGUCUUUUCCUUUUUUGAGUUUCCAAUAAUUUAUGUGCCAACAUUAGGUUGCAUUAUCCUAUCCCUCAUUCCGAUAAUAUCUCCCGAAAUCGUAAUCCUCGUGAUUGUUGUCCAUCUUUGGAUUAUCCAGAAGAGGAAAAUCAUGUCCUCACUACUUUUUGCAAUUAAUUUUUUUGUUUAUCUUUAUUUCACCACGAGCAUAUACGCAGAGAUUCCCCACACGCAUGCGUGGUUGGUUUCUUUGUCGCUCUUCCUGUCCAUCAGCACCUUUGGAUCCAAGGGCCUCAUUUUGGGUCCCCUCAUCGGAUCCAUUCCCCUCAUUCUACACCAGAUUGCUAUGAACAAGAACAGAUCCACGAAGGGAAAGAAGCGCAAGCGAAAAAGCAGGGCGGAAAAAAGUGCAGCGUGCACACACAGCGAACACAGAUCGAGCAAUUCGCAAAAUAGGAAAGAUGUCCAGGAUGAGUACGGAGAGAUCGAUCCACCAGAUGGGGAAAUAUCAACCCCAAGCGUGUCCCAAAAGUACACACCCAGAAUAAAGUGUCUCCACGUCAAGAGGAAUACUAAAGAAGAUCCAACCGUAGAUACAAAUGUUCCUCACACAUUGAGCCAGGAAGUUUCUCCAAAUGGAAUCUCUCAAAUGGAACGAAGGAAAACACUUUUAUGGAAAAACAAACUUAGCAAUCUCUACAAGAUAAUCGAAAUAAAUAAAAAUUACAUCGACUCGUAUGAAAGGCAUAUGCGCAGAAGCAGCUGCAGGCAGUGCAUGCAAAAUUUCAUUCAAAAUGAGUCCCUAAAUGAGGAGCAUCCUGGAUCCUACCUAGAUCUCCUACAAACAGAGGAGAACAAAUUAGCCCUUUAUAUUUACAAGCGAGAUAGAGGUAAUAAAUGGGAUAGAAAAAACAACCACAAUCAUUUUUCCAAAAGGGAAAGGAAGGGUCGCUUUAAGCAUCACGUUCCUUGCAGAAGAGUUAGAAGACUAGGCAGUCUGUGCGAUAAUAUCCAGAACAAUAUAAGUCAUUUGUUCAAGUAUAUAACAAGUGACUCUUAA